AAAAAAACUUCGCUUUCACCCGCCUCGGUUCACACCAAACUGUGUCUAUAAAUUGAUCCAAACAACACACACUAUGCGUACGCACAGCUUGAUCGAUCGAUCGAUCGAUCGAUUAGCCAUGGCGAAUUCUUUUCUUGCAUUCGCCACCACCCUACUACUUCUUCUAUCUGCUGCUGCUGCCGUCGCGUCAGGACAUCGGACCAGAUCCUGCCGCGUGAGCGGCCGCUUACACGGCAAGUCCGGCAAGUGCAACCGCGAAAACUACUCGGACUGCUGCGUGCCGGGCAAGCUCUACCCGCAGUACCGCUGCUCCCCUCCGGUCACCGCGCGGACCCCCGCGACCAUGACGCUGAACAGCUUCGCCAGGGGCGGGGACGGCGGGGGCCCGUCGGAGUGCGACAACAAGUACCACCCCGACCACGAGAUGGUGGUCGCGCUGUCGACCGGCUGGUUCGACCGCUCCAGCCGCUGCCUCAAGAACAUCCGCAUCGCCGCCGCCAACGGCCGCUCCGUGCUCGCGAAGGUCGUCGACGAGUGCGACUCCGUGCACGGCUGCGACGAGGAGCACGACUUCCAGCCGCCGUGCCCGAACAACGUCGUGGACGCCUCGCCGGCUGUGUGGAAGGCGCUCGGGAUCCCCAAGAAGGUCGGCGAGCAUCGCAUCACCUGGUCGGACGUUUGAUCUCCCAUUUGAAGUACAUCGAUCGACCGACGAUAAGAUUAAUAAUUGAAAAAUAAAAAAAAUGGGGAACGUUUACGUACGAGUUUAAUAUGCGCUAUGUGUAUGAGUGUGUCGCAUGGAUGCAAGAUCAACGUCUGUGUUGUCACGUAUGUGCAUGCCGCAAUUUAGUCUACCUUUCGAGGGCCA